AUGUCCGCGAAGGAGCGGCAAAAGGGCAAAGUGACCAAGGACAGCGUCACCCUCCUGCCCUGCUUCUACUUCGUGGAGUUGCCCAUAUUGGCAUCUUCUGUUGUUAGCCUCUAUUUUCUUGAACUUACUGAUGUCUUCAAGCCAGUUCACUCUGGAUUUAAUUGCUAUGACAAGAGUCUGAGUAUGCCAUACAUUGAACCUACACAAGAGUCUGUUCCCUUCUUAAUGUUACUUAGUCUGGUUUUUGCUGGACCAUCAAUUACGAUAAUGAUAGGAGAAGGAAUUCUCUACUGUUGCCUGUCCAAAAGAAGAAAUGGGAUUGGAACAGAGGCCAAUAUUAAUGCAGGAGGAUGCAACUUCAAUUCUUUUCUUAGAAGAGCUGUCAGAUUUGUUGGUGUUCAUGUGUUUGGUCUUUGUUCUACUGCUCUUGUUACUGAUAUUAUACAGCUAUCAACAGGAUAUCAGGCACCAUAUUUCCUGACUGUUUGCAAGCCUAACUAUACAUCCUUAAAUGUAUCCUGCUCAGAGAAUUCAUAUGUUGUGGAAGAUAUUUGCUCAGGAGCUGAUCUCAAUAUUAUCAAUGCUGGAAGAAAGUCAUUCCCUUCUCAACAUGCCACCCUGGCAGCCUUUGCAGCAGUGUACAUUUCGAUGUACUUCAAUUCUACGUUAACAGACUCCUCAAAACUUCUGAAACCACUCUUGGUCUUUGCUUUUAUCAUCUGUGGAAUUAUAUGUGGUCUGACUCGUAUCACCCAGUAUAAGAAUCAUCCAGUUGAUGUUUACUGUGGCUUUCUCAUAGGAGGAGGAAUUGCUCUCUAUUUGGGCCUGUAUGCUGUGGGGAACUUCUUACCAAGUGAUGAGAAUGUGUUUCACCCAAAUUUUCAUAGAGAACCUCUAAGGUCUUUGACAGACCUCAGUCAAGAUGCCAACAGAAUCCUGCCAGGUAAAAAUGGUAGCAGCAGUGAUGGCAUUGUCUCUCACCGUACAGAAAGUAUCCUGAAUAGAAACCACAGAGAUUCAGGGUCUCUGACCAAUAUCAAGAGAGCAAAUGCUGAUGUAGAAAUAAUAACACCACGAAGCCCAAUGGGAAAGGAAAAUAUGGUUACUUUCAGCAACACUUUGCCAAGAGUCAACACACCAUCCUUGGAAGACCCAGCAAGACGAAAUGCAACAAUACACGCAUCAAUGGAUUCUGCCCGUUCCAAACAGCUGCUUUCCCAGUGGAAGAACAAGAAUGAAAGUCGAAAGUUGUCACUGCAAGUAAUAGAGACUGAAUCUGGCCAGUCACCACCAAGGGCUAUUGAAAUGAGGUCAAGCUCAGAACCCUCCAGAGUGGGUGUAAAUGGUGAUCAUCAUGGCCCAACUAGCCAAUACCUGAAAAUUCAACCUGGCAGCGUACCAGGUUGUAAUAACUCAGGUCUUUCUGGCGGGCCAAGGGUCUCUAUUCAGUCACGUCCUGGCUCAUCCCAGCUAGUGCAUAUUCCUGAAGAGACUCAGGAGAACGUGAACACAUCACCCAAAAGUAGUUCAGCUAGAGCUAAAUGGCUGAAAGCUGCUGAGAAGAGUGUUGCAUGUAGAAGCAAUAGCCAGCCAAGAAUCAUGCAAGUAAUAGCCAUGUCUAAGCAGCAAGGAGUGCUUCAGGGCAGUCCAAAGAGUUCAGAGGGAAGCACAGUCACCUGUACAGGAGCCAUCAGAUAUAAAACCUUGACAGACCAUGAGCCAAGUAGCAUUGUCAGAGUUGAGGCCCAUCCAGAAAAUAACAGACCUGUAAUUCAGAUGCCAUCAGAAGGUGAAGGAAGUGGGUCAUGGAAAUGGAAAGGUCCUGAAAAAGUCACCCUUCGUCAGACAUAUGAGCUAAAUGAUCUUAACAGAGACUCUGAGAGCUGUGACUCCUUAAAAGACAGUUAUGGGUCAGGUGACAGGAAAAGGAGCAACAUAGAUAACAGUGAGCAUCACCAUCAUGGAAUCACUACGAUAAGAGUCACGCCAGUGGAGGGAAGUGAGAUUGGCUCAGAGACUCUGUCUAUUUCUUCUAGCCGGGACUCUACACUUCGAAGAAAAGGUAACAUCAUUUUAAUUCCUGAGAGAGGGAGCAGUCCAGAGAACACCAGAAACAUCUUCUAUAAAGGCACAUCCCCCACACGAGCAUACAAGGAAUGAGAGGAGACAUAUCAGCUGGUCCAUACCACCACAAAAUAAACACAUCUUGACACAGGUUCUGCUCUCUUUGUUUUGAGGUGAUAUUUACCUUUGAUGUGCCAAAUUAUUGACCAGCAACCCAACUGUUGUUGAACACUGCUGAUGUGCUAUGUGCAUGAGCCUGUGGAGAGCAUGUGGUGGGGGGAAAAGCACAAUGCCAGAACCUAACUAAUGUGAAACAUUUUCAUGCAACUUGUUUCUUCAGACUCAAAACAUUUAUCUGAGGGUGAUGAUGUCAGUCAAAACAAUGGUCUUGAACACAGACACUUUAUUUCCUGAAUGUGCCAACUUUUAAUUUUAAUUAUGUUUGUGUCCAAAAUUGACUGAAUUUUUCAUAGCAAAGGCUGUAUCAGUGGUAUAUAUUCACCUUUGCAGAAUUUGCACCAA